AUGCGCCUGCUAAUUGUGCUGUGGAUUGGCCUGAGCUGCUGCUCCUGCUGCAUUUCCGGGCUCAAGUGUCGAUCGCAGGAGGGAUUGAGUGAGGCGGAGCUCAAGAGAACCGUGCGCGGGUGUAUGCGACGCCAGGAUGACAGCGGCGAUCGGGGGCGGGGGAUGGAGGGCAGGCAAGGAAACGGCCAUGGAUUCGAUUACGAACGGGAUCAGGACGAGGACCAGGAUCGGGAUCGAAAUCAGCACAACAGGGGCGGCUAUGGAAACAGGAGGCAGAGGGGCCUCAGGCAGCCGGAGAACAGGAACAACACAGGCUACGAUGGAGGUCAGUGUGUCGCCCAGUGCUUUUUCGAGGAGAUGAAUAUGGUCGAUGGCAACGGGAUGCCCGACCGGCGCAAGGUGAGCUACCUGCUGACCAAGGACCUACGGGAUCGGGAGCUGCGCAACUUCUUCAUGGACACAGUGCAGCAAUGCUUCCGGUACUUGGAGAACCAGGGAAGGAGCAGGCAGAACAAGUGCUCCGUUUCCCUCGAACUGGUCAAAUGUAUGUCGGAGUACGCCAAGGCGCAGUGCGAGGACUGGGAGGAGCACGGCAACAUGAUCUUUAUCUAGCAGCCACAAGCUUACCCCACUUUUUAGAUCCUCGCAGCGGUCGAGGAAGCGCUCGUGGUUGUCCCGGAUCCCACCGUCGGUGCUUUCCUCCAGCUGGUAAAAGACGCACUCGAGGUGCUGCUGCUUCUGGGCAUGCAUCUCCUUGAAUACCGCCGAGUCCUGCUCCCACUGGCUCAGCACCGCCUGCUUGUCGUCCUCGUAGAUCACCCGGAAGAACUCGAUGCGACCUCUGUGGGUGUCUAGUAUAAAUUUAAGAAGGAAAUGGGUUUUAGCAAUCUGGGUAUUAAGGAUAACGUUUACUGUAUAGCUUCAAAUAAUAAUAUUAUGUUCA